AGGUAAAUGGAGAGGAAUUGGGUCUACAACAGACCCACGUUUGGAAAGUCUUUCAUUUAUGUUCUAUUAGAUGUAUUAUUAUUUUUUUGCAUAAGGACCAACCCUACGGACAAUCGGCAGAGUUAUGAUUCAAAUCCUCAAAGACAUGGGGAUAACAGAGUAUGAGCCCAGAGUGAUUAAUCAAAUGCUGGAAUUUACCUACAGAUAUGUGACAACCAUUAUCGAGGAUGCCAAAAUCUAUGCAACACAUGCCAAGAAGAACAAUGUGGAUGCUGACGACAUAAGACUGGCGAUCCAGAGUCGAAUGGACCAGUCCUUCACCUCCCCACCACCACGAGAUUUCCUGCUGGAGGUAGCUAGGCAGAAGAACCAGACCCCUCUGCCUUUGAUUAAGCCAUACACUGGGCCCCGCCUGCCCCCAGACCGUUACUGUCUGACUGCUCCUAACUACAGGCUCAAAUCCAUACAGAAAAAGAUGUCCUUAUCUGCUGGGAGAAUAACAGUGCCUCGUCUCAGUGUAGGAGCUGUAUCCAGCAGGUCCAGCACGCCUACCUUUGGCACUCCCUCAGUGCAAUCAGUCACGACCAAAGUGGGGACGCCAAUGUCUCUGUCGGGGCAGCGCUUCACCGUUCAGAUCCCAUCCUCACAGACUGCAGCCUCCAAGUCCUCCACACCAUCCACCCCAACGGUUCAAAACGUCCUCAUCAAUCCCUCCCUGAUCGGCUCCAAGAACAUCCUCAUCACCACCAACAUGGUGUCACAGAACUCGGCCAGCGAAUCGCUGAAGAGGAAGCACGAAGACGACGACGACUAUGAUGCAUUAUGACCUCAUGGAUAAGAAGAUAACGCAGGGAAGAGUAGGCUAGAUGAAAGCAAGAGUGUGCUGUAAAUAUUGUAGAAGGUAGUUGUGGGGUUAGCCAGACAGUUUACAAUUCCCCCAUCACAUUGUGUAAAAUGAGUAACUGUAGUGUCAUGUCAUGCCUGUUUGCCACUAAUUUUUGUACAUACAAAUAAAAAAGAUCUUUGUGACAAAAGAA